AUGGCUUCCUCGUCUUCAUGGGUGGUCCUCAAAUUUGGCGGCACAAGCGUGUCAACUGCAGCACGUUGGCGCUGUAUAUGUGAACAGGUUCAUGCUCAUCUCGAGUCUGCGUCAUCUCCACGCGUGUGGGUCACCAUCUCAGCGCUGUCCCAGAUUACAAACAAGCUGACAAGGGCGCUGGCGCUGGCCAGUGAACGUGGCUGCAGCCACCUUGAAGUGGCUACCGAUAUUGUGCAGCAACAUUUUGUACUGGCUUACGAGGUAGGAUUAUUUCCUACAUUGGUCGGUGUUGAGAGCGUGAACAUGCGCGACCAGUGGCAGAAGUUGUGGUUGGACAGCGUGCUCGGUCACAGCCACGAAAGGUCAUCGUUCUUUACUUCACCUAUCGACCCGCUAUUGCCUAAGAUGUUACACCCACUCCUACAGGAACUUCAAAACCUCGUACGGGUGUUAGAGGGCAUUAAAUUGACUGAGGAGGCGUCACCUCGUAUUCAAGCGCGGGUGCUUGCCUUUGGUGAGUUGCUUUCGACGCAUUUGGGGUGGUGCAUCAUGUCUUACUAUAAAAUGGUGGAUGUGGAAAGAGUUGACGCCAGAAAACUCUUAAUAAGCGACGCGACUAGUGCUAAGUCCGAAGAGGACCGGUAUCUGCAGGCGGAAGUCAUCCCCCGUCGGGACCUCAAACAGGCUGAAAAUGCAGCAAAUGGCAAGCGUGUGGUGCUUACUCAGGGAUUUAUUGCGAGCACUAUCACGGGUGCGACGUGUGUGCUGGGACGCGGAGGUAGUGAUACGUCAGGAUCGUUGUUUGCGGCGCUGCUGGGAGCCCUGAAGUACGAAAUCUGGACGGACGUGCAUGGCAUGUUUACCUCCGACCCGCGCUACGUCCCUGACGCUCGUCUUAUUAAGAGUCUGGACUACCGUGAAGCGCAGGAGCUGGCUGCAAUGGGUGCCAAGGUUUUGCACCCGCGCUGCAUUAUCCCUGCGCAAUGGGCGAGGGUACCACUAGAGAUUCGUAACACUAAUGAUCCGACCGGUGCAAAGACUGUCAUCCAUCCUGCUACUGACUCGGACAAGGCUGGUGGCGGAAGCCCCAAGAUUUUAGCUGUAGUGAAGCGCCAGAAUAUGACGACGCUUAGCAUCACAGCAUUUGACAUGUGCGGCACGUCGGGAUUUUUGGCUAAGGUUUUUUCCCCAUUUGAAGCUUAUGGUAUUUCGGUGGAUCUUAUAGCGACAUCACAAUUUUCUGUGGCGGUGACCUUGGAUCACAUCCCUGGUGGCAUUGAUGGCGCGCCAUUCCAGCAGCUGCUAGAAUCGCUAAACGAACACUCUGAGGUGCGUGUGUUUGAGGAGUGCUCGGUGGUUUCGAUUGUUGGACGUGGCUUGCGUAAGGCACUGGCGGAGCUUGGUUGCGUAUUCAAUGUACUUGGGAACUACGACGUUUUGCUGCUCAGUGAGUCUGCUGAAGAUUUAAAUCUGUCAUUUGUUCUUCAGCAAAAAGAGGCAGGUGACGUUGUCACUCGCAUGCAUAACUUUUUCUUUCCUAAUGAGAAGCAGAUGUCACCAACAGCGGCGAAGGCACAGGUUCCGACAGCACGGCCACCUCUUUCACCUCACCCAACUACAGCUACUACUAAUGGAACAGUUCCUGCGCCAAUUGUAACGAGUUUUCCGCAAGUAAGUAUUCGUCGAUCGCCUUCGCGUGAGUUGCUCUUUGGCCCAACGUGGCAAUCUUUGCUGGAUGCCACGUCGACUGACAAGAGAGCUUAA